GACUUAGCCCAUUUAUCACCAGACUAUCAAGGAGCCUCGUGCAUCAGUGAUACAUGAGCUGAUGAGCUGUGUGUUUGUUUUUUAAACCUACCGGUGCCCACAUGCUCGUUUGUCGGGAGACUGUUUUUGUUUGUUUGUUUGAGUCUGCUCUGUGUUUGCGCUGGUGUGACCGGAGUCACUACCGAAACUGUGCUGAAGAAGGAGAAGAAGCAGCAGGAGGAGGAGAAUGAGGAGGGGGAGGAGGGCAACGUUAGCCCCGCCUCCCCCCGCAUCCCUCAUGUAUAAAUAGGAGGCGAACGUAGCCUAUUCUCACUCAACACUUGCACUGAAGAAUGAGAUCCUUAAAGCACCUGAAACCUCACAGCAGGAGGAGCGUGGAGGAGGCGAGCCGGCGCCUGGGUAGAUGUGAGCCCAAGGUAAUGGCCAGGCUGGUGGACAUAGGCACACAGACAGAUCCAGUAGUCGUGCUGUCCUUGGCCCAGGCCGCCGUGCUAGGUCUCAUCUCCCAGAAUGAAGUGUUUGGAGCUACCAUUGCACCCAACGGCUUCUACACCGGUGAACCCAAAGAGUCCCCAGCACCCCCAGUAGACGGAGUCGACUACGAGUACGCAGAUCAGCUUAUCGGAGCCAACGGAGAUUACCUCGGAGACAACUUGGGAGAAGACGGUCAGAUGCAACCCAGCUGCAGUCAGAGGAGGUGGCAGCAGGGGCCGCCUCAACAUCCGGACCAGAAAAUGGUCGGCCCCGAACGUCACGGCCUUCAAGGCGGUGAUGUGUCCUCUUCCCAUGUGAAAGGGGAAGGGGUGAACUCUGCAAUGUCCUCCUGUGUCCACAUGCUGAACAAUAUGGCUCCCAGAGGGGGUUUAGUUCAAGUAGAUCCAGCCACUCUGAGAGGCACCAACAAGAACUGUGCAGAGUGUGAACGGGAAGCAACUAACCAACAAGCCAACACACAUGUUCACCCUCCUCCCUCUCAGGUGCCCCACAGAGGAGCAGAGCAGGCCCACAGAGGGCUGCAGGGUCAGCGCCCUAUGGGGACCCACGGUCGAGGCGGUAGAGAGGAUGAAGAAGAGGUGGAGCACCAGGGAAAUACCAUGAUGAAGCCCACACAGCAGGAAGAAGCCAUCAGCAGCUACUUCCAGACCAGUGAGGUGGGCAGCUAUGAUUCGACAGAAAUGGGCAUGGGAGGUGAGUACGAAGACAGCAGCCAGAGCAUGAUGUGGACAGACGGGAGUGGAGGAGGGCAGCACCAGCAGCCUCCGCACCCCCAGCCUCCCCGUCGCCAUGGCGGCCGCAGAGUAGAUCGGCUCGAUAUCAACAUCCAGAUUGAUGAAUCCUACUGUGUGGAUGUGGGAGACGGAUUGAAGCGCUGGAAGUGCCGCAUGUGUGACAAAUCCUACACCUCCAAAUACAACCUGGUCACACACAUCCUGGGCCACAACGGCAUCAAACCGCAUGCCUGUCCACAUUGCGGGAAGCUCUUCAAGCAGCCCAGCCAUCUCCAAACCCAUCUGCUAACCCACCAAGGUACGCGGCCCCACAAGUGCACCGUCUGCAAGAAGGGCUUCACCCAGACCAGCCAUCUGAAGCGACACAUGCUGCAGCACACCGACGUCAAGCCCUACAGCUGCCGCUUCUGCCGCCGCGGCUUCGCCUAUCCCAGCGAGCUGCGAGCGCAUGAGGUGAAGCACGAGCGAGGUCGCUGCCACGUCUGCUCGCAGUGCGGCAUGGAGUUCCCCACCUACGCCCACCUCAAACGCCACCAGACCAGCCAUCAGGGCCCCCACACCUUCCAGUGCACCGAGUGCAACAAGUCUUUUGCGUACCGUAGCCAGCUCCAGAACCACCUCCUGAAGCAUCAGAGCCCGAGGCCUUACACCUGCUCCCAGUGUGGCCUGGAGUUUGUGCAGCUCCACCACCUCCGUCAGCACUCGCUCACCCAUAAGGGGAUGAAGGGCCACAAGUGUGAUGUGUGCUCCAGAGAGUUCACCCUGUCGGCCAACCUCAAGAGGCACAUGCUCAUCCACAACAGCGUCAGACCCUUCCAGUGUCACGUCUGCUUCAAGAGCUUCAUCCAGAAACAAACUCUCAAAACCAUGAUCGUCCACCUGCCUGUGAAACCCUUCAAAUGCAAGGUAUGUGGCAAGUCUUUCAACAGAAUGUACAACCUGCUGGGCCACAUGCACCUCCAUGCUGGCAGUAAAGCCCUUCAAGUGUCCCUUACUGCAACCAGCAAGUUCAACCUGAAGGGAAACCUCAGCAGGCACAUGAAGGUCAAGCACGGAAUGGAUGUCUCACCAGAAGGACAAGGUGGGACCCGCUGGCUUUUCUUAAUUAAAUCUUUAUUUAACAAGCAAAGGUUGCUCAAGCAACACCUGACCUCAGAUCGUCAUGAUUACUUUCAUUGUAACUUUCCAUUUUGACGUAAACAUGCAGACACACAGAUGAGCCAAAACUCAGAAAUAUGAAGAUUCACAAAUUGAUGUCACCCUACUUUUAACCCUGUCAUGUUAAUCCUGAGCAGAUUUGAUUCUUGAUAUUGAUCAGUGUUUUAUAUAUAGGCAACAUCAGGCCAAAGUCUCAUUUUUUUCUGCAUAAAUAUAAUGUUUUACGCUGUUCUGCUUUCUUGUUUUUGCUUACCACAUUUUCAGGAAACAAUUUAUUGAUGUAAUGUUUCUUCACAAAGUGCAGAAAUGUUUUUAAAUGUCUCCCGAAAAGCUGUUUCCACAGUCAGCUUCUUACUACAGCAAUGUGAGUCCCACAAGAACGUACAACUGUGUGAUAAAGUUGUUGGCUAUCUUACUGGUUUGAGGUGGAGAGUUAGAUAAGCGUGACGCGCCAUGAGUUUCGUGUUUGCUUAUGUUUCCAUGCCGCUGUCAGUCAAUUCUAAUCAAAUCACACCUUUACAGGUCUAAUGAUGCAGAUUAGCUGAGUUCAACAGAUUAGUUGUUGCCUACAGCAGAGGCCAGGGACAGUAUGUUUUUAUUUCAUUCCUGUG